AUGACAGAAUCUAAGUUACACGCCAUUGUUGUUGGCUCGGGACUUGCCGUCUGGCUGCGGCCACGCGGUAGCCCAAACAUCGCGACUGGUGGACAGGGCAUUGUUUUGUACCCCAACGGGGUCAAGAUAUUGGAGUCGGUUGGGUUUGAUGGCUCCCGCGCUGGCGGCGUACCUUGCCAUGGGUAUCGUAUGCUCGACAAGGAUGGCAAGCUAUUGGAGGACAUCCCAAUUGACUUCAAAGGUCGUUGGGGAGCGGAGAUGUUGAUGAUGAAGCGGUCUGAUUUUCGCGAUGAACUUAUGCGUAUCGCAACUGCGCCCGCGACAGAACCUAGCAUCAAAGGAGAGCCGGCAAAGCUGGUAUUCAAUACUAGCGUGGUUGACCUUGACCCCGACACCGGCACUAUUUCUUUGGCCGAUGGUUCGGUGGUGAAGGGUGACAUUAUCAUUGACGGUAUCCAUUCCACUCUCCGCAAGCGUAUCAUAAAGACUGAAGGUCACGUUGCCAAGAAGACUGGACUGACGCUCUUUCGUAUCGCUGUCCCGACCAAAGAUGCCCAGGAGGCAGUCGGCAGCUUGCCAGAAUGGUGGGAUGAUGGAAAGGAUGAAAGCCGUCUAAACAUUAUGCAGCUCGAUGAUCCACUCAGAAUCAUUGCAAGCUACCCCAUACGCCGAAAAAGCUACCACAACUUGAGUUGCCUUUUCCCGAUGCAUGAAGCCAGGCAGGACAUUCUCGAGACUUGGUACAAGGAUGGCGAUAAAGAAGAGAUGCUGCAAACGUUUGAUGGGUUUGACGAGAAAACCCGCAAGAUCCUCAGUAUUGCCACAGAAGUCAAAGUGUGGGAUCUCGAAGAGCUGGACACCCUUCCCAAUUGGCAUCGCGGACGGGCCCUUGUGAUCGGGGAUGCUGCCCAUGCCAUGACACCACUGCAAGGCCAAGGGGCCAAUAUGGCUAUAGAGGAUGCCGACAGCCUUCGACUUCUUCUACCUGGAAUGUCCGGGGUGGAGAUCGAGUCUGCUCUUCAAAAGAUCGACAGCAUUCGGCGCCCACGGGCAGCAAAAGUGUUGCAAGACACUCGAAAGCAGACGAAGAGUACUACCUUGCAGGAGAGGUUGGCUACAAUGGACUACAACUGCAGUUACAAGGGAAUCUAUGAAGCCCUUGAGAAGGAGGCGUCGUCUUCCUAG